AUGGGGUCAGAACCGGAAGCCCAGGAUGAGGUGUGGCCCAUCAUUUGGUGCUACGACGGCUGGCUGCCCCUCAAGGAAAGGCUCCAGCGGAUCCUCCCGCCCUGGGCGGCGCUGCGGGUGCUGGACCCCAGCCGGCCGCUGUCCGAGCAGUGCGCCGACGCCAAGGUGCUGAUACCCACAACUGGCCCAGUGGACGCGGCGGCCAUCUAUGCGGCGGCGGACCUGCGGCUCAUAGCGCAGCCGGCGGCGGGGUAUGCAAACAUCGCUGUCGAUGCGGCGCGGCAACGCGGCGUCCCGGUCACAAUCGCCCCGGGCUUGAAUUGCCAUUCGACGGCUGAGGUGGCGCUCAUGCUGAUCCUCAUGCUGGCGCGCCGCGCGGACGACGUGCGCGCCGCCUUCGCCCGCCGCGUGAUCGGCGACCCGGUCGGCACGGAGCUGCACGGGAAGACGCUGGGGAUCGUGGGGAUGGGGCAGGUCGGCAGCUGCCUGGCAGCUGCCGCGCGGGGGCUCGGCAUGCACGUGAUUGGCGUCGGCUCGAAGUCGUCCAGGGCCGACCUGGAGGCCCUCCUCAGCGGCAGUGACGUCAUCAGCCUACACUGCCACUCCACCCCCCAGACCCGCGGCAUGAUCGGCGCCGCCGAGCUCGCGCUCAUGCGGCCGCGCGCGCUGCUGGUCAACACGGCCAGGGGUGACGUCAUCGACGACGCCGCGCUGCUGGAGGCGCUGCAAGCGGGGCGGCUCGGCGGCGUGGGGCUGGACGUGCACACGGUUGAGCCGGCUGACCCGGAGGCUCCCCUGUACAAGCACCCCAAGGUGCUGGCGCUGCCGCACUGCGGCAACACCACCGAGGAGGUGUACGCGCGCAACGCAGAGCUGCUCAGGGACAACAUAGUGGCGGCGCGCGAGGGCACGGAGCUGCGGCACCGGCUAUGCUGA